UUAAUGUUAGAGUGUUCUCAAUUUAACAUUGAAUAAUUCUCUAAAUAUUCAUUUAGUGACUACUACUAGACGAACUAUCAGCAGUACAGUUUAAAUUGGCAGAAUAUGGAACCGAAAGUGUUGAAAUUAAAUAAUGAUAUUGCAAUUGGACAUGGAAAAAAAACAUUUAUCAUCGCUGAGGUUGGUCAAAAUCACCAAGGUUCUGUGGAAAUUGCUAAAGAAUUAAUAAAUGUUGCAAAAAAUUGUGGAGUAGAUUGCGUAAAAUUUCAAAAAACAUGUCUUACCGACAAAUUUAACAAGUUGGCCCUACAAAAACCAUAUGUAUCUGUAAAUUCAUGGGGAACGACUUAUGGUGAACACAAAGCAUAUUUAGAGUUCACCGAUGAAGAAUUUCUUGAACUUCAAAGUUAUGCCGCACGUUUAGGACUCAUAUUCACGGCAUCAGCUAUGGAUUCCACUUCACUUCAUUUUCUGGCUAAAAUUGGAGUACCUUUUAUUAAAAUAGGUUCAGGAGACGCAAACAACUUCAUAUUAUUGGAAGAAGCUGCCCAACUGAAUAUUCCAUUAGUUAUUUCCACGGGAAUGCAGGAUCUAGAAACAGUUCAACAUAUUUAUAAAUUGGUGUCAAAGUAUCAUAAAAACUUUGCACUGUUGCAUUGCUUGUCAAGCUAUCCCUGUCCGUACGAGGAAAUAAAUUUAAAUGUUUUGAAUUUAUAUAGAACUACAUUCAACGAUAUUAAUAUAGGAUACUCGGGACACGAACUUGGAACCCAUAUAACUGUGGCUUCAGUUGCAAUGGGUGCUAGGAUUGUAGAACGACAUAUAACUCUUAAUAAGAAUCAAAAAGGAUCAGAUCACAAAUGUUCCCUAGAACCAGAAGAACUGUCAGAAUUGGUUCGAAAUAUUCGUAUCUUGGAAUUAGCACUCGGACAACCGAUAAAAAAAUUACAAAAAUCUGAAGAAGACUGUUAUGAAAAAUUAGGAAAAACUAUAGUUUCAAGAAAAUGUCUUAAUGUAGGACACAAACUUAAAAGAAGUGAUUUAGUAAUAAAAGUAGCUCAACCCAAAGGAAUAGACGGAUCUCAGUUGGAUAAAAUUGUAAACAAAUGUCUAGGUCGAAGUGUUUCUGAAGAUGAAUCUAUACUUCCGGAAUAUUUAAUUUAGGUAUUAUAUUAUUAGGACUUUAAAUAAGUU